AACUUCUAGUCAGGCACGCCGCGGGGGACUAUUAGUACGGGAGAGUGGAGUUGAUGUUGAGUUGGCAGUUCGGUCCAAAUAUUUCCAGUGUUUUUAUCUACUUGCUUUUUUACUCAGUUAACAUGUGCGCGGACGGUUAAAUGUUAUAACAUUUGUUUUUUGCUACUUUGUAGUUGUGUAUGAGCCUCCCGCCGACUGCCAAAGUGGCUAACGUGGCGUCUCAGUGUCAGUAAUUGAAUAAAGACCACCACGGCAAUGAGGAAAGUUAACGUGGUCAUUCUUGUGCUGCUUGCCGUGGCUUUCCUGAUCAUAAUACAACGGAAUCUUCUUAACCUCAGCGACUUCUUACACAAAGAAAUCCGACAUACUGGCGCCAUUCUUCCUUUUGAGGCUGAAUUAUCUCCAGACUUGAGAGUGGACGUGGAGAGGACAGGCGACCAGAUCCCUGUUGUCAUCAGUGCUGCUGAGGAGAGGCUCGGUGCUGCUGUUGCUGUUAUGAACAGCAUCUACCACAACACCAAGGCCAAUGUUGUCUUCACCAUUGUCACCCUGAAUGACACAGUGGAACACCUGAAGGCAUGGCUGAGUGUUCCCAAACUACAACACAUCAAAUACAAGAUGGUUGUCUUCCAGCCUGAGCUGCUCAUCGGGAAGGUAGCUACAGACCCUCAGCUGGCGGAUACUACCAAACCGUUGACCUUUGCCAGAUAUUAUUUGCCUUCUUACCUGCCUGAGGUGGAGAAAGCCAUCUAUUUGGACGAUGACAUCAUCGUGCAAGGGGAUAUUAAAGAGCUUUAUGAAAGCAGUUUAAAAUCUGGACAUGCAGCAGCCUUCUCUGACGACUGCGAUUCAGCUUCCACUAAAGGCAUCAUUCGAGGGGCGGGAAAUCAGAAUAACUACAUAGGUUUCCUGGACUUCAAGAAGAAGUCCAUUAAGCAACUGGGGAUGAGGGCCAACACCUGCUCCUUCAACCCGGGAGUCAUGGUCGCCAACUUGACCGAGUGGAGGAAUUUGAACAUCAGUGGUCAGCUGGAGCUCUGGAUGCAGCUCAACAUGCAAGAGGAUCUGUGGGGUAAAACGCUGGCAGAGAGCAUCAGCACUCCUCCUCUCCUCAUAGUUUUUUACAAACGUCACUCCACACUUGACCCCAUGUGGCACCUCAGGCACCUUGGCAUGACAGGUGCCGGAAGCCGCUACUCGCCACAGUUUGUAAAAGCAGCCAAACUCCUCCACUGGAACGGCCACUACAAGCCUUGGGGGAGAGGCUCCUCCUUCACCGAGGUGUGGGACAAGUGGUUCAUCGCAGAUCCCACGGGAAAGUUUCAUCCCGUCCGAAAACACCCGGGGGAGAAAUAAGACAAUGAAACACGCCUCUGUUGGGAUAUCUCAGGAGCGCAAGUGCAGACGCUAAAACUUUCCAUUGCCAUCAUCAUCCUGAGUAUUAACACAAUCUGUCAAUACAUUGAAGCAUUUUUUUUUAAAUUAAUAAGUCAGUCGUUGGCUUAAAUUCUAACAUCUUUAGGUAAGCCUCCUCUCAACAUGUAGGAUUAUCUGACGCAUUUGUUCGGGCUCAUUUCUUUUUCCAUAUCAAUUUGACAUGACCUCAUUUCAAUACUUCCUGUGGAAAGGUUGUCUUUUAAAAUAAGUCAUUUGUACCAGUCUUACAUUAUGGUUUAUUUCCCAGCUGUUACAAUGUGGUUGUAAUAUUGACUUAAAUAUGCAAACCACUAAAGCAAACACUUGCACAAAUAUUUCACACCGAUGUAAAUGUCAUUUUAUUUUUUGAAUAAAUUUUGCAUAUUUGUCUUGAA